ACCUGACAGCCACGUCAGAAGGCCUGCGGCGGGGGCUGACGCUUGGCCCCGCAACGGGUUACAAACCGGUGACGCAUUAAAGAGAUGCCCCGUGGCCUAGUUUCUGCCACCUAUCGUUACGUUACGGUGGUCAGCGCUGAGAUCACAUAGCGAGGCCGACCAACCGCCGCCGGGCUGAAACUUGACCUACCUUCACAGUGAUCCGGCGUCUGGCUCCGGCGGCGAGGGCAGCGAAGCGGAGGCGUGGGCAGGCCAUUCUGCCAACCCAGAGGAGGAACGCGCGUCACCCCUCCGCCGCAACCACAGUCGUUGCGGCGAUGCUGGCGGCGGCCGCGCUUCUCUUGCUGGCGGCGCCGAUCGUAGCCGACCCGCCCAACCUUUGGGCAGCAGCACGUGCGCACGCCCAGCUCGUGACAAUAAUCGACGCAAGCUUGGCCUCACUCAACCUGUGGCGCAGUGAGAUGCACAAAUGCCCACCCGUAAUACGGGAGCUCGCAGAGUGCUCCUGCGACGAGGAGUGCGCGCUGUACGGAGAUUGUUGCCUGGAUGUGAGCCCACAGGCCCUGCCCCGCAACGACUUGGCAUGCAGGCGAUCCCCAGAUUUCGGGUAUGUGUACAUGGUGUCCCGGUGUCCGGUCCAGUGGCGGGACACCUCGGUGCGAAGCCAGUGUGCUCGCAACGCGGCGUUCGCCGAGGAUCCGUUCGCGGCUUUACCGGUUACAAGCCCCGCCAGCGGGAUGACCUACAGCAACUAUUGCUGCGCCAUAUGCCACGGUGACUUAGCAGGGUCUGUGUUUUGGACGCCGGCGAUAUCCUGUCCGACGCUGACCAAAGAACACCAGGACGCCCUCAAUAUCACCGAUAUCUUCAUUGAAGAGAACUUACUGCAGAACCCUGCUGGAGAGUGGGGAUUGCAGCUGAUGGACGAAAACAACGGAACGUUUCAUGCGUGCGUAAUUUCCCUACAUUCGGGCAAUAACGACAAAGAACAUUUGAUGCGGAACUGUCAACCCAAGAUUUCCAGCUGUGCGGCUAACUGGACCAACCUAGACUUCGCCCGAAUGUGCGCCGCGUACAAUGCCUACAUGUAUCACGGCAGAAUCAGGUACCGCAACGCGCACUGCGCCCUGUGCAACUAUGUACCACAACAGUACAUUACGUACUGGCCGGUCACCAACAAUUUUGCUGACGAAAGGCGUCCUCGCAUGCAUUCUUCAGUCUUUCUUCUCGACAUCACCACCCGGUCGGGCAUGAACGCAGUGGGAGCAGCCAGGAUCUGUACCGGCGCCCGACUCUGGGACCCGUUCUUCAAGAUCUGCAGGGAAGUCUCAGUUUCCUCUGGCGUCACCAACGCCACCGGCUCCCUGACCUGCCCCAAGGUUACCGUAAACGAGUACCAGUUUCAGGUCAGCGACAAAGACGUCGCGUACGUGCCGACGUAUAACCUGAUCUUGGAUCGCGGCUAUUAUGAGCUCAGUGACAGACAGCUAGCCUUUUGUGACCCGCGUUUCCAACUUAAAAGGUUCCAGACCGCCUUUUCAUACGCCUUGGUGGCAUGUCGUACAGCGUCCGUGUUGUGCCUCCUGCUGCAUCUGGCGGCGUUCUGUGCCGUGCCCGAAACACGGAACCUGCCCGGAAAAUGUGUGACGUCCUUGUGCGUCUGCCUGCUUAUCGGCUACCUCUGCUCCAUGGCGGCAUUGUGGCAGGAUUACGGCACCGACGGCUGUGUUCUGCUGGCCAUUGUUGCUUUCAGCGCAUUCGCAGCAGCACUCUUCUGGGUCAAUGUUAUGGCGAUCGACGUCUUCAACACCUUCAGGCGAGUAAUAUUGGCGAGCAUGAGAGCAUGACGCACGACACCAGGGCAUGAACGCAUGAUCCGCGUCCACUCUACCGGUUGAUAAAAACAGAAACCAAAAAUUCACUUUACGCUAAAUGACGAAAAGACUGGCGCUCGUACAGAGACCUUAGCCUGCAUCAGCCUUUUCGCGCCACGCAUGUAAAAUGCCUCACAAUCCGCUUCUGGUCCAACCUGCGCUAAAAGCGCAGACAUCAGUUGAUCUAUUGACACCCACAAAUUGUCUCAGUUUGGUUUAAAUCCAGAUUCAGGAGGCAUGUACAAUGAUAUAUACGAAGGCAGGAAUGGAAGGGGCGUGUGGAUGGUAGCUACCAUGUCUAUAAAAAACAUUGGCGUACAACCUUUCGUGUUGCAUGGCGAUAACUAGGGUAGCAUCUUCCUCCAUCCCAAAACGAUAUGCCAGGACUAGCAAAGAGCAAUAAUUAUGAAGUGCCAUUGGCUUCACAUCAAUUGAUAUGACAGAUGGCUAUCGAGUACAAAACAUGCACCAGUCCGAGUGUCUCUCAGAUGCACCACCUGUUACCUGAAGGCCGCAGUCAGUUGCAAAAUUCUCCCUCAGAGCGUAAUGGCCGUGGAGACCUUACAUCAGCUGUGAGAUAUGUGUGGAAGUAAACUACGGUAUCAGCGUGCAUAAGUGUGGGUGCUGAUGACAAAAUGUUCCACAUUUGAAGAUUUUGAAGCAACCGCCACAUAUAAUGAAAGAGGCUGACUCAUAACUAUUGGUACACUUGUAAGUGGAAAAGGCUGCUCCAGAAAACAUGAUUUCUAUGUUUCGUAAGCAUACUCCUCAAUACGUCAUUGUUUGAUUGCGUCAUCGCAUUUUGCACAGCAUUGACUGAGAGUCAAUUGACGGCCGAUAUAUGUAGAGAUCGUGCUCACGAACGCCAGAUAUAAUUGCCUGAACAAUUAUAUCCUGCUUGGCCUGGAUCGUCGCAUGGCUAAUGAAAUGAUGGAAUUUGAAUGACGUGAUUUUGACGUCGUGGAUACCUGGGUAACAUUGAAAUGGUCUGCCCGAAAUAGUCAGCACAUCUCCGCAGGAGCGUAGCUCAGAAACUAGAGGAAUUUGUUGAGGUAUUUACAAGGCAAGGCUGCGGAAUGCACCGAAUGAUAUUGAAAAUAGCUAGAUGAGUUUAAAACCCCAUACAGAUGUGAUAUACUUCCUUUAACUGCGAGGUUUCCUCUGCCUGGACACUUACAAACGGUUACCAAUAAAGACAGAGAUACGGGAACUGUUGCGUUAUGAAGGGCGGGGAUGACGUUGGAGGCUCCAGUCCCCUCUAAUACUCGAAGAAAUUUAGCACUAGACUCACGGCCGUACAUGACGGCUUAAAGUGUCUAUGAGCCUCAAUCUUAGGAAACUUCCGCAUUCUCUUAUUGGUAUGCGAGGUACCAGCAGAGAAUUCUUGAUUCACUGGACAUACCGACCUGGAAGGUCGGUAUGUCCAGCAGAAAAAGAUGCAACUAAAAUCCUGCCGCACCAUAACAACAAGCUUUCAACAUCAUGUCCAAGAAAUCCUCGUUUGCAUGAUAACAAAACAAUGUCGGUAUGACAAAUAAAUUCUUAGUACGGCCGGAUUCGAAACAUAUCGUUAAGUGGUAUAGUGGUACGCGGAUAUAAGUGGCGCAUGGCUAAGCUAAGUAUAAGUGAUUGUAUGCCUACCCCUGUCUCAUGCCUCAGCAAUGAACUAAUUGACGAGUGACGGGCACCGACCGUCGUAGGACAUCGUUGCUGUUCGUUGUUGACGGACGUAGGGCUGCAGGGAAGCUCAUAACGAUAUGUUAACGUCGGGCAGUGAUACGCGCCCGGGUGGCCGGUUGGAAACCCUUCGCUGGGGUGGGGGACAAUUUGACGCCCCUGAGAUCUCAAAUCUCAUUUUAGGUCAGUGACCUAUUCUGACCUAUAAAAGCCCGUUGGAGACGUCUUAUGCGGUUUCUGUCAUCAAUUAAUUUGAAAUGACCACCAGAAACUACCCUACAUAGCAGCCCUCAAAGUAAUAAAACAGGUUGGUCUCGACCUUUUUAUCUGACCCUAGGUUA